AUGGCUUUGCCGUUUUUCUUCUAUCACUAUCUCCCUAACGCAUCUGGGCGUGCUCUCAGCCAUCCUGACUGUGUCUCAAUAUUAUACACGCAAGCGACGGAGCGCGGAUAUCUCGCCAGUCUCAUCAACGCUGUGGGGCUGGGAGGCUUAGCGUACGUAAGAAAUGCGCCAUCUUUAAUUCAUGUAGCAGGACAUAUAUACGCUGGUGCACUUCAUGGCAUACGUGUGGCGCUUGCAGAGCCGGCCGAGGCAGUUUCCGACCAGAUGCUAGUCGCUGUAAUGCUUCUAGCGUUGUACGAAGUAAGCCUUUUUUGGGAUAAAAGAAAAGUCGAAUUGAAAAUAACGGUUAUUAGACGACAUGUCGAUGGCGCGCUGGCCUUGACAGAACUCCGGGGAACUGGGCAGCUUCGUAACAGAGUUGGUCGAAGCAUCUUCCUCAGCCUCCGUACUGAAGUCCUUGUCAACUGUCUUGAUCGGUGGCUGCGGGUACCAGCGGCACUGACAAAUUGGAUGAAUGAGGCUCAUAUAUUUGAACACCCGCAAGAAGCACCCGCUGCUCGCUUAGCAGAUAUCGUUGUCAACGCUUGUACUAUUCUGGCUUCGCUUAAGGAAAGAGUCACAGAAAAAUCCAAUGUCUCGGCCUACAUCUGCGAGAUCUUGUCUGUUGACAAAGCCCUAGAGUCGUGGGCCAACAGCCUUCCCGAUGACUAUAAGUAUAGCAGAUCACCACCCCUAAAAGUCUCCGCGCCUACGCUCUUCGGAGAAUCCGAUAGUUACCCUGGAAUUGACAUAGUCCACACCUGGAACCUCCAUCGAUGCACACGUAUCAUCCUUCACCAGGCACUCUUUGAGAUUCUAUCACCACACACCGGCUCACUUCCCCCGCAACCGGCAAUAUCCUACUCCUCACACGAGCAGCAAUUACAAGCAUCUGACAAAAUGAUACAAGAGAGCUCAAGGGGUAUAUACUCCAGCGUUUCAUACAUUCUUCAUUUCUGCGAUCAGCCAGGCAGAUCAGAGGACAUGAGAGGUGCUUGCAUCCUGCCUUUACUAUGGCCACUUUACGUUGCAGGAACAACACGUACGGCGACCGAUACUGCGCGCCAAAGGGUUAUAUUCCAGAUGCAAAAGAUUGCAGAGGUUACAGGGAUUCAAAAAGCUAAGUCUAUGGCGCUGGGGAUACAAAAGAGCUACUUAUCUCCGCCUGUGAUAUAA